UGAGCCUGUCCAACCCCUGUUACUUAUCACACUCUCCACGUCUGUAUCACCACUAUAGACAUUAUGUUUGGAAGACCGUCUGCAGGGACGUCUGGUUUUGGAGGCUUUGGAGCAUCGAAUGGCUCGUCAGCGUUUGGUGCCGCCAACAACAACAACUCUCCCUUCAGCUCGAAUACGGCCAACACGGGCAGCAUAUUCGGCAACGCAGCCACAGGCAAUACAGCGGCAAACACCGGCGGUGGAUUGUUUGGUCAGGCGAACACCAACAACAAUGCCACGAAUACCGCGUCAUCAGGUUUCGGGUUCGGUGCUCCUGCAAACAACAACACGGCAGGCGGUGCCGGUGGUGGCUUAUUUGGCUCCAACAACACCUCCUCUCCCUUUGCAGCAAACACCACAAGCUCUCCCUUUGGUGCUAACAAUAACACUACAGGCGGUGGGGGCCUUUUUGGAUCUGCAUCGAACACCAAUGCUCCAAGCGGCUUUGGAUCUGCCAACAACUCGAUGACUUUCGGUGCUGCAAAUACUGGCACCGGCUUCGGCAUGAACACGCAGAAUAAAGGUACUGCUCUCAAGCCUUUCAAGGCAUAUUCUGAAAGAGAUGCCACCAUGGGCACUUCGUACUACGAAUCCAUUACCGCCAUGCCGGAGUACAGGAAUUUUUCUUUUGAAGAGUUGAGACUCCAAGACUACAUGGAAAAUAGACGAUACGGUAAUGGUGCGUCUGGAGCUACAGCAGGGUUUGGUGCAACCGGUGCUGCUGGUACAGGUACUACUUCUGGCUUUGGCUUUGGUGCAAACAACAACGCUGCUCCUAACAGUUUAUUUGGAUCAAACAACGCCACCACUGGUGGCGGUGGUUUGUUUGGCAGUACUAACAACAACAACACCACUACCACAGGAGGAGGUCUUUUUGGCUCUGCUAACAAUAACAAUGCGGGCAGUACUGGAUUUGGCUCGUCCUUUGGUAACACUGCCAACAACAACUCGCCAUUUGGCCAGAAUAAUACCAACUCGGGUACCACCGGUGGUGGCUUGUUUGGCUCAAAUAACAAUAACGCAGGUAGUAGCGUUUUUGGCUCAAACUCUUCCAACGCUUUUGGCGCAAGCAACAAUACUGGUGGUGGACUAUUUGGUGCAAGAGCCAACAAUAGUAGCUCUCCUUUUGGUCAAAACACCAAUAACGCUUUCAGCCAAAAUAAUAACAACACCUCCGGUGGUCUAUUUGGGAGUAGCAAUACUGCUGCUACUGGUGGAGGAUUGUUUGGCAGCAACAACGCAAACAACAACAAUGCUGGUGGAUUGUUCGGUAGCAACACCAACACUAACAACACUUCCACGGGUGGUGGUCUUUUUGGAAGUACCAACAACAAUAAUUCUGCUACUGGUGGUUUGUUCGGAAGUAAUAACACUCCCAACAAACCAGCAUUUGGCUUUGGGGGCACGAAUGCAACGACAAAUACGGGAUUCGGUGCGAACAACUCCAGUGGAGGUUUAUUCGGAUCAAACAACAACAAUACCACCUCCGGUGCAGGUUUAUUUGGCGCCAAUAAUAAUAAUAAUAAUAAUAACAGCACUUCAACAGGUGGAGGUUUGUUUGGUAGUAAGCCUGCAACUUCAGGAGGUUUGUUCGGCAAUAAUAACAACACCAACACAUCUAAUGUAGGAGGUGGGUUAUUUGGUAACAACAAUCAAAGCAAUACGGCCCCGUCUAACAGUGGUGGAUUUUUUGGUGCCAAUAAUAACAAUAACGCACCUGCUGGUAGUGGAUUGUUUGGCAACAAGCCGGCUACUUCAGGCGGGCUUUUUGGUAAUAAUGCAGCAUCAAAUGGAAAUGGCAUUGGAACUGGCGCUUUUGGUGCAAAGCCUGCGACAGGUGGUCUGUUCGGCAAUAAUUCAGCGAAUACAAACAUGGGUAGCAGUGGCGGUCUGUUUGGUAACAAGCCUGCAGCUCCUUCUGGAGGCUUGUUUGGCAGUUCUGGUACUUCAUCGGGCACUAGUGGAGGUGGUCUGUUUGGAAAUAAACCUGCCGCUCCGUCCGGGGGUCUAUUUGGCAAUAACACUGCAACUUUUGGUGCACCAUCAGGAGGUCUUUUUGGAAACAAUUCAGGAGCUAAUAACAACAAUACUUCUGGUGGUUUGUUCAGCUCACAGCCUCAGCAACAAAGUUUCAAUGCCGCUAACCAAAACCCAUACUCUUCUGGUCCAUUGUUUAACUCCGCCAAUAUCAAUGUGAAUCCUGUUGUUCCAGCACCCCCAAAGCCAAUUGCAACACCAAUUCAAGAAUUAGAGAAGAAAAAGGUCACUCUUGUCGCUGCCUAUAGAAUUACCCCAAAACCACUUUUCAAGCCUACAGAAGCCACUAUUGGUAAAGCUGCUGGAAUUGUGUCAAGCUCCUCUCCUUUGAAAAUAGCUGACUCUGCCGUAGCAAAGAUCAUUGAAGGUUCCGCAGAAGCAAAUGCACUGUCUAAUCCAGAGACUGACAAAUUAAUUCUCUCAAAUCCUCUCUUUGCUCGCUCCAAAAAAUUGACUAAAUUGAUGGUAGAGAAUAAGAACGAAUCAAAAUUACUUCCGAAAGACAAGACUAGUAAAUCUGUCAAAUUUAUUGACUUGAAAGCCAAUAUGCCUUCACAGCUUAACGAAUUAUCCAGUGACAGUUCUACCUCAGAUGCUUCUACUGAAAAGAGCAUUUCAGAGAAAUUUGAUGGUAUUAAGGCAUUGACUGCUUCCAACGAGAAAAUCGAUGGGAAAAAUGCUAUAAGCCAAGAGGUUGAUCCGAUACAAGAAAAGAAGCCAUUGGCGGAUGUUUCACAGAAGAAAGAAGAUGAGUUCUUGUUACCUGAGGGGUAUUUCACCAUUCCAUCGUUAGAAGAACUUUCAAACUAUCCUCCUGAAAAGCUUAUUUCUGUCAAACAGUUUACAGUUGGUAGAGAAGGUUAUGGUUCUAUUGAGUUUCUGAACCCUGUUGAUUUAACCUCUAUCCCUCUAACAAAUAUUGCGGAUCUUAUUGUCUUUGAUAGAAACCAAUGUGUUGUUUAUCCUGAUAUCAAGAGUAGACCUAAACUUGGUGAAGGCUUCAAUGCGCCUGCGGUUAUAUCUUUAGAUGGUUGCUACCCGUCCUCCAAAGAUAGAAAAACCCUUAUUACAGACCCAAAGCAUCCGGCUGUCGCAAAGCAUAUCGCCAAAUUGAAGGCUAUUCCUAAUACUAAAUACAUAGGCUACGAUCCGAUAAGCGGCACUUGGAAGUUUCAAGUUGAACAUUUUUAAUCAUGACAAGAAGCUGUAUAAAUUAAGUAAUUUUGAACUGUAAUUUAAUCAUUUUAAAGCUGUUGGCUUAUCAUGGCACCGUU